ACAAGCCGGAGAAGGAAGAGAACGCAGAGUUUGCGGGGCCGGAAGCUGAAGUCACGAUACCAAGGAACCCUUCCAGAAACCUCCGCGAUAGGACGAGAAGGAGGCGAACAGCGAGCUGGUGAGUUGGAGUGCAGAAAGCAGGGGUGUCCGUCGCAAAUCUGCCACACUAGGAUCGAUCUGGCAGUCGGCGUAAAAAUUCCGAUCCCGAUCAGAUCUCAGACAACCGUUUCCGGGUAUGAACAUCGUGAGCACGAGAGCUAUCACGACGAUUUCCGGCUUUCCGUCCAACCUUAUACUGCCACUUCAAGACGAUCCGCUUCGCAAAGGUAGUCACAUGGUCGAGGGCAAGCAUACGCGUGUAUCGAGUCGCCGGCGAACGUGUUUACGCGUGGUGCAAAGAUCUCCGGCCAAGCAGCCACGUGAGAAGGCGAUCUACGCCGUUACGGGUCGAAUGCAAUCUAUAUGCGGCUCGCGGCUUGCCUUUUCAGCCCCGAGUGUCUCCGCAUCGUGCAGCUCUACCGCAGCCUCCGUUACUGCUCGCACCCACAGUCUUCCCCAUUCCAUGCCACAACCACCGCCAAGGAAGGCGGCAACAUCUUUCCGUCGUUGAUGGCGCAAUUUUAAGGACGGGAUCAACGGCUGUGCCGCAAUUCCGCC